UGGAAAAGUUAAAAAAUAGAAACUCAGAAAUCUGAAAGCUUUAAAAUCGUGUAUAUAAUUUUUAUAAUUGCAUAGCCGAAAAUAAAAUAAAAAGGAAAAAUCCAUGGCCAGAGUUAAACAGCGGGCCAGACGGAGAGCUACUCGCCGGAAUUCCUCCGUUUUACUUUGUCUGAAAUUUCAGCUGCAGAAGCUACUCCGUCAACCCCAAAUCAUAAGCCGUCACCUGCUAGAAGCCCAAGGACUACUCCGCAAGCUGAAAGAGAUGGGGAAAGGCAGAGAAAAAAGCGGAGGAACAGGCCUGGGACAGUGGCUCUACGCGAGAUUCGGAAAUAUCAGAAGUCAUUUAACCUUCUCAUGCCUGCUGCUCCCUUUAUUAGACUUGUAAUUUCACGCAAUCAUCCGCACACUUCUGGCAUUUUGUUAGGCGAUUUUUGAAUAACUAGGAUCGGCCAAAAAAGUACUUUUGCGGGUUUGGAAGUUCAUGGCUUUCUGAUUAUAGGAUUCAAAGAUUCACAACACUACUACAGUUAGCUGCUUAUGUGAUGAAAUUGUGUACAGGGAAAUUGAAAUUUUGGCUGAAUGCAAAUAAUCAAUUUAGAGUUUUUCCUCCUAUGAACAUGAUGUUAUGACUAAUGUAUACAAGGAUGACUUAUGGGGAUUGAUAAUGUGUCAAUAAAUGGAUUACAUGAUGUCUCAAGGCUUGUUAUGAGUGUUCAUAAGUGGUUAACUAGUUUCUGUUGCAUUUUA